GUACCUUGUCUGUAGGCGUAUAAACAGAUAAACCUUAACUGACUGUAACUCAGCUGUUACAUGUGUAGUGUCUCGCGAUGAUUUCAGUGUUAUGUUUUAAAAAUCCACAUCAGUUACAUUUGAUACAUGUUUGAUAUUUUAGCAAGUGUAGCACUAGAGGUAAAAUGGACACACUAUAUUUUCAAGGCAUUCGAGUUGCUGAGGCUCUUCAGUCAAAAACAAAAAACUAUGAGUCUUUUUGGCUUUUUGCUACUUACAUUGGAGACCCCAAAGCUGCCUUCCUGCUCGUUUUCCCACCCGUUUUCUACUUACACAGACGAACCGGCAUUGCCAUCAUCUGGGUGGCUGCGAUAUCGGAAUGGCUUAAUCUGGUUUUUAAAUGGUUAUUGUUUGGGGAGAGACCCUACUGGUGGAUCGGGCAGUCGGGUUUAUUUGUGAAAAACAGUGCUAGUGUCCAGCAGUUCCAGUCCACCUGUGAAACAGGACCAGGUAGCCCCUCUGGUCAUGCCAUGGUCACCGCCGCAGUCUGGUGGGUGGUAACCUCUUCCUUGGCCUCUUUUCUUCACUCUGGCUCUGGCAGUAAGAUACUUUUUGCAAUACCGUACUUAUUCUACGCUUUGCUGUUGGGAGCAGUCGGCCUAUCACGGAUCUUCAUCUUGGCUCACUUUCCUCACCAGAUCAUUUCUGGGCUUCUGGCAGGGGUAACACUUGGAGUGUUCCUAAACCGCAAGUUGCCAGAACGUUGCCCUCAGUUUUUUCUUCUGUGUUCCAGCAUGGCUAUGCUUUUAGGAGCUUUAAUCAUGCAUGCAGGAUUGGAGAAAGUUGGCAUUAAUCUUUCCUGGUCUAUCACAUUGGCUAAAAGAUGGUGUUCUAAGCCUGAGUGGGUUUGCAUGGACACGGCUCCUUUCUCUUCUCUUAGUCGCGAUGCUGGAGCCCUGUUUGGCCUGGGGCUCGUCCAAUUUUGGAAGCCAGAGGGAUGGGCACUUUCCUGGGGACCGAAGAGCCUCUGUCUGGCACUUUCCUCUUUAACCUUAUACCACGUGAACAGAUUUCCUCUUCCCACCACUCCUUCAUUGCUCUUUUACUCACUUUUCUUUCUCAGAUAUACUAUUGUGCCUCUGGUAGUGAUGGUGCUUAUACCUGGUUUUGUUCAGCUCUUCACAGCCAAACCCAAGAGGGACUAAGGUGGUAAAAUGACAAGACCUUUAAACACUGCAUAGACUCAAUAUUCUACAUAAAACAUAAUUGAUUGCCGCACUAAUGACAUGAUUGACUAAGUCAUUAAUUUUAGGAGAACAUAUGAUAAGGGCCUCUUCUUAUUGUAACUUCACAUUCUUUAGUUUGCAUUAAAAUGUUUAUACUCCU